AUGGAGGAGGAACUUCGCUGCCCGGUGUGCAAGCAGCUCUACUCGAGUCCGGUUCUGCUGCCCUGCUACCACGCCCUCUGUCUGGCCUGCGCCCUGGACAUUCAGACCGCUUCCGGUUCGGCCUCGGGCGGGCACGGUCCGGCCAGCACGGGCGGCCAGCACAUCGGAGUCGGCGGUCAUCCGGCGGCUGCCGGCUCGGUCUCCGUCGCCGCCCACCUGCACCAGCAACACUCCCAGUCGUCGUCGUCGUCCGUCAGCACCGGCAGCUCGAGCGCCACCGAGAGCGUCUCCUCCGACCAGGACCAGGCGGACAAGGUCAGCAUCCUCAGCGAGGCGGACUCGGGCGUCAUCUGCUGCACGUCGCGGCCCGGCUCGUACGCCGGCACACCCAACCUCCAGGGGCUGCUAUUUCCGCCGUCCGGCGCCGGCGGUUCCGUCUACUCGCUCGCCUGCCCCGUCUGCCGGAAGCUGGUGUUCUUCGACGAGCUUGGCGCCCGCAAUCUGCCGCUCUACCGGGCGAUGGAGUCGAUCGUGGACCGGUUCUGCGAGCGCGAGGCCCUCCGCUGUCAGAUGUGCGAAACCGAGCCGCCCAAGGUGGCGACCGUCAUCUGCGAGCAGUGCGAAAUCCGGUACUGUGACGCCUGCCGCGAACUGUGUCAUCCGGCGCGCGGCCCGCUGGCCAAGCAUAGUCUCACGAAGCCUCGGGGCGCCUGCCAGCUGCGGGAGUCGAUCUGCGGCGAGCACACGGAACCGCUCACCAUGUACUGCAUCAGCUGCAAGCUGCCGAUCUGCAACCAGUGCAUCGGCGACAAUCGCCAUCAGUCGCACGACCUGCAGUCCAUCACGGGCAUGUGCAAGGCGCAGAAGACUGAACUCUCCCACAACCUGCAGCAGCUCUCGGAAAAGGCGCGUUCCACAACGGAAUUCAUCCAAAGACUGAAGGGAAUGAGCGACAAAGUGACGGAUUCAUGUAUCGAGUUCGAGCGCCUCGUUACGGCUCAGUGCGAAGCGCUGAUAGCGGCCAUUAACGCCCGAAGGGACGUCCUGCUCGAUGUAAUACGAAGCGAUAAGGAAGCCAAAAUACGCACGCUAAAGGACCAGCAGGCCAGCUGUACGGGGAAACUCCAGCAAACCACAGGCCUGAUCCAGUUCUGCAUUGAAGCACUCAAAGAGACGGACAGCGCAGCUUUCCUGCAGGUUGGUUCGAUGUUAAUUAACCGCGUCGCCAACACGGACAUGACCUGGCACCAGGAGGUCACGAAUGCGGCACCUCGCGUAUCGCCAAUUAUCGAUCUCACGCUCGACGACUCGUCAGUGAUUCGCGCCAUCGAUAAUCUCAACUUCAUCCAGAUGAAACCCGCCAAGGAGGGCGAGGAACGGCUACCGGCAGUGCCCCUGGCGCCCGUCAUCAUUCCGGAGGACUGCUCGGCGGAGAACAAUUCCGUAACUGUUGCGUGGCAGGCGCCGAGCCAUUCGUUCGUGCAGGGAUACGUGCUCGAGCUGGACGACGGCAGCGGUGGCGAGUUUCGGGAGGUGUACUGCGGCAAGGAGACAAUCUGCACCGUCGAUGGACUGCACUUCAACUCGAUGUACAACGCACGUGUUAAAGCCUUCAACAAUACCGGCGAGGGCGAAUACUCCGAGCUUAUUGGAUUACAGACGGCAGAAGUGGCGUGGUUCAUGUUUGACUCGGUCCUCAGCGGCGGACCGUGCUCCGGGCUGAACUUCUCCAACGAUAACCAGACCGUAUCGGCGGACGGCUGGGAGCAUCGGGUGGCGCUCGGUUCGGUCGGGUUUUCGCGUGGCGUCCACUACUGGGAGUUCACCAUCGAUAAGUACACCGCCGACACGGACCCGGCGUUCGGGGUCGCGCGUCUAGAUGUGGCCCGCGAUAAGAUGCUCGGCAAAGACGACAAAGGGUUCGCGAUGUACAUCGAUCGGCAGCGGUCCUGGUUCCAGCACAACAGUGUCCACGAGCGGCGCGUCGAGGGUGGUAUUUCGACGGGCAGCACCGUCGGCGUGCUGCUGGACCUGGAGCGCCACACGCUGCACUUCAUCGUCAACGAGAUGCCGCAGGGUUCGGUGGCGUUCCGCGAUCUGUACGGCGUCUUUUAUCCGGCCGUCAGUGUCAAUCGGGGUGUUACCUUGACGCUGCACACCGGGCUCGAUGCCCCCCGGAUGGACUAUCACUAG